UUGUAGUUAGUAUGCAUGUUGCGCAUGCGUCUACAAUGAUUUAAGACGUUCUGUGUUAGUGCAUACUUUUGCGUUGUGAGUCGGCAAAAAGGGAAAACCGAAAACGGCUAUCAAGAUUUUUCGGUAUUUAAGAAUUUAUCGGGUCGCGAUUCAAUACCGAGCGAUGUCGAGCACAGAAAAGAAACCGUUUCGUCGAUUGCCUACAGACGUCCAGCCUUACCAUUAUCAUAUUGUUUUGUCACCGAAUCUUAAAACUUUUGUCUUCGAUGGCAAGGAGGAUGUGCACAUUGACGUAAGUAAGCAGUCCACAGACACUAUUGUUUUAAAUUUUGAUAUUGAUAUUAAAAAUGCAGCUUUCAAUGCUAAUGAUGGAAAAGUUAUUGAAACAUCAAAGAUUGACUUAUGUGCACCUGAAGAAACAGCUACUUUGGUAUUUAAUGAAAAGUUACCAUCUGGUAAAAGUGGAUACUUAAGUUUGGAAUUUGUUGGAGAAAUUAAUGACAAGAUGAAGGGUUUCUAUAGAAGCAAAUAUAUUGGGACAAAUGGGACUGUUGAGCAUGCUGCAGUAACUCAAUUUGAGGCAACAGAUGCUAGACGUUGCUUCCCAUGCUGGGACGAGCCAGCGCACAAAGCCACCUUUGAUAUUACCCUAAAUGUACCAUCAGGGCUUACAGCACUUUCCAAUAUGCCAAUAAAAAGUAAAGUAACAAACGAAUCAACUGAGACUUUGGUAUUUGAGCGGACUCCAAUUAUGUCGACAUAUUUAGUAGCAGUCGUGGUUGGUGAAUUCGAUUACAUAGAAGACAAAUCUAGCGACGGUGUAUUGGUACGAGUGUACACUCCAAAAUUAAAAAAAGAACAAGGACAAUUCGCACUAGAAGUAGCAACAAAAGUGUUACCAUAUUACAAAACUUACUUCGGGAUUGCUUAUCCGCUCCCAAAGAUUGAUCUUAUCGCAAUUGCUGACUUCUCAUCCGGGGCUAUGGAAAAUUGGGGUCUAGUCACUUAUCGGGAAACUUGUCUCUUGGUAGAUCCACAGAAUACGUCUGCCGUUCGAAAGCAAUGGAUAGCAUUAGUUGUAGCGCACGAAUUAGCGCAUCAGUGGUUUGGAAAUCUUGUAACCAUGGAGUGGUGGACGCAUCUGUGGUUGAACGAGGGCUACGCGUCAUUCGUUGAAUUCUUAUGCGUUGCCCAUUUGUUCCCAGAAUACGAUAUCUGGACACAAUUCGUAACCGACACCUAUAUCAGAGCAUUAGAAUUAGAUGCUCUAAAAAAUAGUCAUCCGAUUGAAGUGCCAGUCGGUCAUCCUUCCGAGAUCGAUGAGAUUUUCGAUGACAUUUCUUACAACAAAGGCGCAUGUGUUAUUCGAAUGUUGCACUCUUAUAUUGGCGAUGACGAUUUCCGAAAGGGUAUGAAUUUAUAUUUGAAAAAGCACAGCUACGGCAAUGCCGAAACAGGGGAUCUUUGGGAUGCUUUGGAAGAAGCUAGCAACAAAAAUGUCCGUAGCGUAAUGUCUACGUGGACUGAACAGCAAGGGUUCCCUGUUGUUAGGGUACAGCAUCGUCAAGAAGGUACCGAUCGAGUUCUGUCUUUGUCCCAAGAAAGAUUUUUAGCUGAUGGUUCUACAGACACUGGAACCAGCUUAUGGAUCAUACCAAUUAGUAUAAGCACGGCAAAGGAUCCUGAGGAGUGUGUACUUAAGGCGUUGUUGGACGAGAAAACUAAAGAACUCCGAGUUAAAGAUGUUCCUGAAAAUCAUUGGGUAAAGAUUAACCCUGGAACGAUCGGUUUCUACAGAACUCAUUACAGCCCAGAAGCUCUGUCUCUUUUGCUACCUGCAGUCAAAGAUCACGCGUUACCUCCGCUAGACAGGUUGGGUUUAUUAGACGAUUUAUUCGCCAUGGUACAAGCCGGCCAUGCUUCUACCGUUGAAGUACUUCAGCUGAUGCAAGCAUUUCAAAAGGAAGAUAACUAUACCGUUUGGUCUAGUAUAGUCAAUAGCUUAGGGAAAAUCGGAGUUCUCGUUUCUCAUUUAGACUUCGAGGACUCGUUCAAGGCGUAUGGACGCAAUUUAAUGCGCGACAUUACCAACAAAUUAGGCUGGGAUCCUAAACCCAACGAAAGUCAUUUAGACACUCUUCUACGGUCUCUGCUAUUGGGUCGUAUGGCCGCUCUGAACGACGAAGACACUAUAAAAGAAGCAAAGAAGAGAUUCGAACUACACGUUUCUGGUACGACACUUCUCGCUGCUGAUUUACGCAGUCCUGUUUACCGAGCUGUACUCUCUGUCGGCGAUGCUGAUACGUACGAAACAAUGUUGAGGCUCUACCGAGAAGCAGAUCUACACGAGGAGAAGGAUAGAAUAUUGAGAGCUUUAGGCGCGAUCAAGGAUGAAACUUUGUUAGCAAAGGUUCUUAAUUUCGCUAUGAGCGACGAAGUAAGAGCUCAGGAUACAGUAUUUGCCAUCAUGUCGGUAGCAAUGACGUACAAAGGCCGUGUUAUGGCAUGGGAUUUCUUUAAAGAAAACUGGAAGACGUUGCUUGACCGUUACAGUGGCGGUUUCCUGAUUUCAAGAUUGGUUAAAUUUACCACAGAGAACUUCGUCACCGAAGAACGGGCCAAAGACAUCGAGGAAUUCUUCAAGUCCCAUCCAACACCUGGAACGGAAAGAACAGUUCAGCAAAGUAUCGAGUCCAUUAGAUUGAACGCGUCAUGGCUUGCUAGGGACAAAGAUUCCAUCAAGGAAUAUCUGACCACUCACGUUUAGUAGUAACAUGAGUUACUUCUUGCAUUGAGUUCUUGUCUCUACUUUGUUACAGUUUUUGAUACAACAUGAAAUUGAGAGGGCAGCAUCAUGCCAUUAAGCGAGCGUAUUAAUGAAUUGCUUCGAGUCAGUUUAGAAAGAGGAAGACGGAUUUUCUUGUAACACACGGCAUCGUAGUAUUUCCGUUCACAUCUAAUGAUUACUUUAAGGAUACACGAUUAUGUCACAGUUGUUUGUUAAAAAUUCUCUAGAGUGAGUGUUCAAAAGAUGAUUUGUAAUUUAUUCAAAAGAGCAAUUGUAUCAUUCGUAUUAUCUUUUCCGAUAGCAUUUCACAUUGCAGCAUUUAUUUUCUUCACGAUUCCACAUUACACAAAUGUGUACAUUUUUCUUCCCGAAUACGAUGUCUGAAUUCGUGCAUUAGUGUAUGUCACUUUUAUAAUAGUAAGUAAAACGAAAAACAAAAAAAAGAAUACAAGCGUGUAGUUGCAGCAUACAUUUAUAUCACAUACCAUAAUCGUGAAAAUUCAAAUAAAUACUUUUACGCUUGUAACUGAACGAGCAUUUAAAAA